UCUUAUCUGGAAUAUUUUCCUCAAGAUUUUGUCUCGAUCGCUCAGCUUAGCCACUCCGGCUCGACUCGUAUUUGGGAUUGUAGUUAGCUACACUGCUAGUCUGCUACAGUCUUUCUGGCAUCCAGAGACUCGUGAGUUCGUUCCCUUCUGCUCCGACGACCGCCAUAGCCAUUGACUUCACCAAAUACAGGAGUCUUUGUCGUUGCUUUCCCAGUGUGAUCUCUCGCGUGCUAGUUCAGUUCAAAUUCAUCUCCUGUAUGCUGAAGUGGCGCAGCUGCAUCGAAGUUUCCAGCAAAGCAACUCUGAACCUUCAACUUAAGCCUUGAGGAGAUUGAUCUCCAUUUCUUGCCUGCAGCUAGCUUCUCACUUCUCCUACUCAUUCCAUAGCAUCCGUCUUCAAGAGUUGAUCACAAGGUUAUUCAGGCGGCUUUUUCUUGAGGGACGGGACUUCACCGGGGUUAAUCAUUGAUAGCUGCCAGAGAUUCCGAGAUGGAUGCAUGGAUGAACCGUUACCGUGCUUUCGCCGAAGGAGUGGUGAUUAUGGUCUGCCCGGUGCUUCUUGCAAUUACACUGAAGAAGGUUGAUCUGAAAAGCGAGGAACAUGGGCGUGCCACUCCGAUUACAAUGCUCGUGGUAGCAACCGUUACUUUAACUGCCGGUAUUUGCCCUUUUCUGGUUUGCUGUUUCUCCAAGAGAUUUUCCAGAGGGAGCUCAAGUUCCCCUCAUACACUCACCAAGUUGCUGGCCCCCUUAUCCAGCACAUUGCUAGUGGCACUUGCCUGCUGGAUCAUAUAUCUGAUUUUAGAAAGCUGGGCAUACCCUGUAAUCGGCGCCGUAAUUGGACUCUGCUCCAUAAUUCGUACCAUCAAGUACUUCAGAACCAGUAUGGGUGAUCCUCCUACUGCUACUGCUGCUGCUCCUACUGCUACUGCUGCUACUGAUGAAGAAUACAGCAAUAAACUGGAGAAAUCACUUGACUUCUUAGCUGGUAUAACUGCACUUCUGUUUCUUGGACUUGAAGGCCUGGCCAUGGAGGGUCAAAUUAACAGCACAAAAGCAGUACAAGAUCGUCUUACCACACCAAUUGGCACAAGCUUCUUUGUUUGCGUUAUCGACGCGUGCCUAAUGCUUGUUGAGACAAUCCCUCCUCACAACAUCACAAGCAACCUAACAGAGAUCUUUGAUGUGCUCGCUGUUUUCUCUGUCUCCAUGGUCAUCUUCUUCAUUAUGUACUCAUUGAUGAAACUAAGAGCAUUGCUUCUGAUAGCAGCCCCGUUCAUUAUUCUCCUGAUGCAUGUGUUCCACGUCGCCAUCAGUGGGAACAAUGCCACGAUCAGCAAUGCAAACCAGGGCCUAGAAUCAGGUGGUAGCAGUAGCAACAGCAGUGAAGAGGAAGAGCAUAAACCGGCGUCGCUUGAACUAAGCAAAGUAACAUUCACUGGGUUCCUGGCCGUGUCGAUACCAAGCAUCAGCAAUGGUUCACUCGACAUGGACACCGAAUGUUUCUUGCACCUUGCUGCAUCAGGUAUUGUUUCAGGUCUCAUAUGGAGGCUCCUGACGCAUUACAAGUCACACACUAGCAUCACGGCAGCUGCAAAUCUUGCUUCCUUCUGCACCCACCUCUGCGUUGCAAUUGCUACGGUUCCAUUUACGAUCAUGGCCGGGAAGGCUCUGUCUUGAUUUUCUGGCACAUGGAGUUCGUUUUGCAGCCGCCUGUCUUGUGCAAAUUGAAAUCUCAAGUGUAUUAGAAACUCAAUGCACUUUACAACUAUUUUUCCCCAGGUCUCCAAAGUUUCGUCGCUCUGCACCCAUCUCUCCUCUUACACUGCAUGAGCAAAACUGAAUUUCAUUUCGAGUACACGAUACCCAUGAUGCUUUUAUAUAUGGAGUUCAAGCUUGAGUAUGUUUGUGUGGAGCAUGCUUU